AUGUCAAUCAUCUCCAGGGCAUUUACAACAGCAGCAACAGCAGCAGCAGCAGGGCCCUUCAGGCUAGCCAUUGUUGGCAGUGGACCAGCUGGUUUCUAUACAGCACACCGAUUAUUAAAAGAAUGGCCCAAUACACAAAUAGACAUGUUUGAUAGUUUGCCCGUGCCUCAUGGUCUUGUGCGCUUUGGUGUGGCUCCAGAUCACCCCGAAGUCAAGAACGUCAUGACAACCUUUGAUAAAGUCGCUGAAGAUGAGCGAUUCCGCUUCCUGGGCAACGUCCCUGUCGGCACCAACAGCAGUAAAUCACUCAGCAUCAAAGAUUUACAAAACCAUUUUGACGCUGUUCUUCUCUCUUAUGGCGCUAGUGAAGAUAGAAAGAUGGGAAUACCUGGUGAAGAUACAUUCGGCGUCGAGUCGGCCCGGAGCUUUGUAGGUUGGUAUAAUGGCCACCCUUACUAUAGAGAUUUGAAGCUGGCGUUGGACGAUACAGAGACAGCGGUUGUAGUGGGUCAAGGCAAUGUGGCAUUGGAUAUUGCUCGUAUCCUACUCAGUCCCAUUGAUGUGUUGAGAAAGACGGAUAUUACGGAAUACGCCCUGGAGGCAUUGUCCAAGAGCAGAGUCAAGCAUGUGCAUGUGGUGGGCCGUAGAGGUCCUGUUCAGGUGUCAUUCACUUCAAAAGAAUUGAGAGAGCAAAUGUCACUUCCUGGCGUAGAGUUCAAGGCUGACAUGGAUUUUAUUAAGCGAGCAAUCGCAGAAUCACAACCCUUCAUCAGCAAGAAUCGACCCUUAAAGCGCUUGAUGGGAUUGUUAGAAAAAGGAUCACCUACACAGCAUGCGGAUAAGUCAUGGACAGCUCAAUUCUUGCGUAGUCCUGUCGAGAUUUUAGCACAGAACGACCGUGUGAGUGGUAUCCGAUAUGAAAUCAACCGCUUAGAAGGGCCUUUAGAGAAGAGACGUGCUGUGGGCACUGGUGAAUUUGAAUCACAAGAGUGCGGUAUGGUGUUUACAAGCAUUGGAUACAAGAGUGUGCCUAUCAAGGGCGUGCCAUUUGAUCAUCGCCAAGGCAGGGUGCCCAACACGUAUGGCAAAAUCGUGGACAAGGAUGACAAUGAAUUGGCUGGUAUGUAUACAGCUGGCUGGCUGAAACGAGGUCCUACCGGUGUGAUUGUAUCUACCAUGACAGACGCCUAUGAAACAGCAGAUACCAUUGUGGAUGACUUGAAGAAUGGCAAAGACAUGCUGUCAUCAUCUGAGGCUGGAGCAGACAUUGAUGAAUUGCUCAAGGAACGUGGUAUUCAACCUGUCAGUUAUCAAGACUGGAAACAGAUUGAAGCUGCAGAAUUCGCUGUGGGUGGGAAGUUGGGUAAACCCAGAGAGAAAUUCUCAAGAAUACAAGAUAUGCUGGCUGUGCUUGGUCGUUCCUGA